AGGAAUAAACGUUACCUUUCAAAUUUGGUAGAGAGAUAAAAAAGCUCCUCCUCCUCAGCCUAGCCUUUUGAGUUCUCCAUCCCUCUCCAAUUGAUUGCGCAUUGUCACUGUUGAGGUUGUUGAGCACCUACACGAUAGGUACAAGGACAGAGAGUUCCUCUUAUAUUUAACCUGCUCUAUCGUCUACAUAUUUAGAGAGAGAAGGUAACUGUACAUUUCUAGAGAGAGAAAGUGACGUGCUCCGAUGGGGAGUUCAGGUCAGGGGCAGAGCAACUAUGAUCUAUCGUUUAAGAUCCUGCUCAUCGGAGAUUCCGCCGUCGGCAAGAGCAGCCUGCUCGUCAGUUUCAUUUCCAACGUAGUCGACGAUCUUUCCCCUACCGUAGGUGUGGAUUUUAAGAUCAAGUUUCUCACUGUUAGUGGGAAGAAACUGAAGCUUACCAUUUGGGACACAGCUGGACAAGAAAGAUUUAGGACGCUAACAAGCUCAUAUUAUAGAGGUGCUCAUGGAAUCAUUCUCGUUUAUGACGUUACAAGGAGAGAUACAUUUACAAACUUAUCUGAUGUAUGGGCUAAGGAGCUGGAGCUAUACUCCACCAAUGAGGAUUGCUUGAAGAUGCUUGUUGGGAAUAAAGUCGAUAGGGAAUCUGAACGAGUUGUAAGCAGGGAAGAAGGGAUGAGUCUUGCGAAAGACCUUGGAUGUCUGUUCUUGGAAUGCAGCGCCAGAACUCGAGAAAAUGUUGAGCAAUGUUUCUCAGAACUAGCAUUGAAGAUAAUGGAGGUGCCAAGGCUGCUCGAAGAAGGAUCAACAGUGAAGAGAAAUAUCUUGAAACAGAAACAAGAACAUCAGACACCCCCCAGUGGUGGUUGCUGCACGUAGAAUCACAAUGAGAUGAUGCCAGACAACAUUUCACAUGCUUUCUAAGCGGCGGGUUCAUAUGUUCACAAUGUGUAAAUGAUAGUUUGCUUCUUUUCCCUCUACUGCUUCUGGGUAUCACUCUGUGUAUGUGCUGCUGUUUAUUGUAAAACUGUUAACACUUGUAAAGCUGUUGAUCACUUUGGUGUUCUGAUCUAUAUUAGUCCGGUUGAGGAUACACCUAAA